AUGGUCCCACAACCUGUCUCCGGCGUGCCAUUCUCCCAAUCCCCUUCGAGCAAUCAUAGCAAAAGUUCUCCCCCGGGUCAGUCCACGACCUUCAGUCCGCCCAGAAUUCCAGAUGCGUCCUUUGCUCCGUUCAAUGACCGCCGUUCAGCAAAUGGCUCAGUCACCUCCAGUGACCUGGGCCACAAACCCCAGUCACGUCACUCCGUUUCCGAAGUGGCUUCGACCCGGUCCCAAGAUGAUGGGAGAGCGUUUUCAAUUUCAGGCGAGAUCAACGCAUCGUCGCUAGCCAGCACGACACCAUACGGGACUCAAGCGGGCCUACAAAUCCCCGUGAGCUCAUAUUCGAAUCUUCCGCUCGCUACGGCGACGUCAUCGGUCCCGACAUCCCUGGACCAGGCCGCGAAUCUCGAUGCCCUCGAUACCUUGUCCGGGAUGAUGGCUGCGGGGUCUGGAGUUGGCGACCCCGGAUUCAGCUCGCUGGGCAAUUCCGUAUACCCGGUUUUCGGCAGUGACACCUACAACCGAUCCCCAUUUGCGAUGGCCGAAGAUUUCACAGCAUGGCUCUUCAAUGAGCCGAUGCCGGGAACGACCGCUUCCGUCGGCUACCCGUCUGCCACCAGCAUGGUCCCGAACUACCUGGAUCCCGGGCAACUACAAAAUCAGUUUUUUAUGGGGGAUGCCGCGUAUGGUGCUUUCUACAGCGGCGUGCUUCCGAAUCACCCCAUGAGUGUGACCAGUAUCCUGGACCCCGGAUCCCCCCGCGCAAUUUUGUCGGAGGAAAAGCGACAAGAACUCAUUCAUCUGAUGGCGACGCGAUUUAACGAAGCGGCCUAUUCAGCCGUGGCGAAGCGGAAAGAUGCCCUGAUGGAAGGGGACAUCGACGAUGACAACCACGUGCUAAGCCUGCGCAUGAUGCAGACGUACGUCGGGUCGUACUGGUACCACUUUCACGCACAGCUUCCCAUCCUCCAUCGGCCGACGUUCGUCGCCGACCAGGCUCCCAAUCUCCUCCUCUUAGCCGUUAUUGCCAUCGGGGCCGCAACCCUAGACCGCAUCCAUGGACCGGAAAUCACAGAGGCCGCGUCGGAGCUGGCCAAUUUCAUCAUCUGGCAUCUACGGUGGGAGAUCUUCAUGGACGCGGACUUCCGGCCGCCCGCCAAGCUCUGGGUCUUCCAAGCCCUGCUGCUGCUAGAGGUGUACGAGAAGAUGUACUCCACGCGUGCCAUGCAUGAGCGCGCCCAUAUCCACCACGACACCACGCUGACCCUGAUGCGACGCGGGAGCUCCCUCAUCGGUCGAUCCGCUUUUGAUUCGCCGGCCAGUAUGCGCGAUGACCGGCCCGUUCGGUCCGCUUCUGGGUCCGUAUCUACACCCGACUUCGCGGCCGAUGAGUCGUGGACGCACUGGAUUAAGGCUGAGGCGACGCGACGAGUGGCCUUUGCAGCCUUUGUGCUGGACUCCACGCACGCGACGAUGUUCGGACACUCGGCCAAGAUGGUGGCCCACGAGCUGCGAUUGCCGUUGCCGUGCGAUGAGGCACUCUGGUCGGCGACCAGCGCGUCGGAGGUGGCUCGAGUCCAGUCCAGUCUACAUGCGAAUGGGGUGAAGCCGGUGAUGUUCCUGGACGGACUCAAACGCACGCUGAACGGACAACGCGUGCGCACCAACGCGUUCGGCCGCACCAUCCUUAUGGCGGGCCUGCUGAGCGUCAGCUGGCACAUGAACCAGCGUGACCUGCAGGUGAGCUCGCUGGGCGUCCCGCAGACACUCGGUGGUCGAGACAAGUGGCGGUCGGCUCUCCUCCGGGCAUUUGACAACUGGCGACGGGACUUUGACGAGGCCCUGGGCAGCGGUCAGUCCGGCAGCGCCAGUCCGCCGUUCCCGAAUGGCUAUCCGGUGCGGCAUCUGUUGGAUGACGACAAUGUGUUCGAGUCCCGCGAUGUGCUGCACGGACUGGCCCAUAUGGCCUCGCAUGUGGACGUGGUGGACUGUCAGAUCUUUGCGGGAGCCGGCCGACUGAUGGGACGGUCGAUCACUCCGCGCGACUACAACGCGGCGCGCGAGAAGAUGACGGAACGAUGGGCGACGAAGGCGUCGGCGCGGGACGCGACGUUCUACGCGCUGCAGUUCCUGUCGGAGUGUCUGCUGAAUCACGAGUCGGCGGUGACAGACGAGGGUGAGCUGUAUUCGGGGCGCGACGACUACCUCCUCAACCGACCGUGGGUCAUCUACGUGGCCGCGCUGGUUGUCUGGUGCUACGGGUUUGCGUUGGAGGGCCCGAUUCGCACGCCGGCGGCGCUGGAGACGGUGGCUGAACAGCGACGCGAUAUGGAACAGUAUCUCCGGCGCAUGGGGGCCGCCCGAUCGCCCAACGACUUGGAGGCGAUGAAAGGCCGGAAUCAGUGUCUGGGUCUGUUGAUGAUCCUGCGGGAUGGGUUCGUCAACACGCGAUGGGAGUUGUUGGCCGAGGCGGCGAAUCUGCUAGGGAGUUGCAUCGACAAGUUACGAGGGCGGUAA